CCCAGGAGCGCCGGGUUCCGCGCGCGCCGGGUUCCGCGUGCUGCAGAGAAGAGGCGGCAGCGGCUGGAACCCUGACUGCCCUCCUUCAGCAUGUUCACUAUGAAGUUAUUGCUGGUAUUUUUGUUUUCUGGACUUAUAACUGGUUGUAGAGGGAACUCUUCCUAUACUUUGCCACCCAAGUUACUACUGGUAUCCUUUGAUGGCUUCAGAGCUGACUAUCUACACAACUAUGAAUUUCCUCAUCUCCAGAAUUUUAUCAAAGAAGGUGUCCUGGUAAAGCAGGUUAAAAAUGUCUUCAUCACAAAAACAUUUCCAAACCACUACAGCAUCGUGACAGGCCUGUAUGAAGAAAGCCAUGGCAUUGUGGCUAAUUCCAUGUAUGAUGUCAUCACAAAGAAACAUUUUUCUGACAUUAAGGACAAGGAUCCUUUUUGGUGGAAUGAGGCAGUCCCUAUUUGGGUGACCAAUCAGCUUCAGGAAAACAGAUCAAGUGCUGCUGCUAUGUGGCCUGGUACCGACGUGCCCAUUCACAAUACCACACCUUCCUAUUUCAUGAAUUACAGCCCCUCAGUGUCAUUUGAGGAGAGACUCAGUAAUGUCUCCACGUGGCUGAGCAAUUCGAACCCACCCGUCACCUUUGCAACACUCUAUUGGGAAGAGCCAGACGCAAGUGGCCACAAAUAUGGCCCUGAAGAUAAAGAAAACAUGCGCCGAGUGUUGAAAGAAAUAGAUGACCAUAUCGGUGAGCUAGUUCACAAACUCAAGGUGUUAGGACUGUGGGAGGAUCUUAAUGUGAUCAUUACAAGUGAUCAUGGGAUGACCCAGUGUUCUGAGGACAGGCUGAUAAACUUGGAUCACUGCAUCGACCCCUCAGACUACACUCUUAUAGACUUGACCCCAGUUGCUGCAAUACUUCCCAAAAUAAACAGAACAAAGGUUUAUAACAAACUGAAAGUCUGUGACCCUCACAUGAAUGUUUAUCUCAAAGAAGACAUUCCUGCCAGGUUUCAUUACCAACAUAAUGAUCGAAUUCAACCUAUUAUUUUGGUUGCUGAUGAAGGCUGGACAAUUGUGCUAAAUAAAUCAUCACCAAAAUUAGGUGACCAUGGUUAUGAUAAUUCUUUGCCUAGUAUGAAUCCAUUUCUAGCUGCCCAUGGUCCUGCAUUUCACAAAGGCUACCAGCACAGCACCAUUAACAUUGUGGAUAUUUAUCCAAUGAUGUGCCACAUCCUGGGAUUAAAGCCACAUCCCAAUAAUGGAACCUUCGGUCAUACUAAGUGUUUGUUAGUGGACCAGUGGUGCAUUAAUCUCCCAGAAGCCAUAGGAAUUGUUAUCGGUGUGCUCUUGGUCUUAACCACUCUGACCUGCCUCAUCAUAAUCAUGCAGAAUAGACUCUCUGGAGCCCGGCCAUUUUCCCGACUUCAGCUACAAGAUGAUGACGAUGAUCCUUUAAUUGGGUGACAUGUGCUGGGGUUUAUACAAAGUGGCUGUGAUUAGGACACACCCAAGGAAUGGUGUUACAACUAUGAAAAAGUAUACUUUGAAAGACAAAGAUCUUAGACCAAGCAUGCUACAAUUAUUUUGUUUUCCCUUGUGUUUUGUUUUGCAGCAUUAGCUAAUACAAAAAACUCUGACCAUAGAAAAAAUUGCUAGUAAAUCAUUAGUUAACACCAACUGUUUCCCUAACUAAAAAGGUUUUUUUUUAAGAAAAAUACUGCCUUUGCCUUUUUUUUUUUUGCAACGAAGAUUAGACACAUCUAUAUAUGAAAAUAUGCAAAAAUUUAGUGGGUAUGCUUUUUGAAUAAAUUUUUACAUUUGUAAAUUAUACAACA